AAGAUGUCUAACCACUUUGCAAUUCAUAUAUAUUCUUUUUAACGUUUACGAAGAAAACUGAACAAAAUAUCUUCGAGUUGGAAAAUAUAUUUUAGUAUUAUAAUAUCUUUUGUCUGUAGCUUUCAUAAAGGUUGCAGAAUGAAGCGUUUGCAAUUUUAAAUGGAUGAGCAUGUCUGUAAAUAGGCCCCAGCACUGUGAUCUUAAACAUAAAUCUAACUGCUGUAAUCAACUCGGAAAUAUAAAAAUAAAAGAACGUUUGGAUCACACAGAAAGUGAUGCGACGCAUCCAAUUUUACGCGUUGAUUACAGCCUACAAGGCCAGCUGGUUCAGUGCUUGACGUGCUGUGAGAAAUUUAAGUACAACACUUUUAGUGACAUUUGUUCACAUUACACGUUUUACCACAGUCAGAAUCAAGGAGGUUGUGCCAAGUGUUUAUACUGCUUACGCGACGUCCAUUAUUAUUUACGUGCCGAGAAAGUGCAUCCAGAAGCCUUUCACUAUUGUUCACCCCGGAAGCAAAAUUAA